AUGAAUCGAUUGAUAUGUUUUACUGUUUACUACCUUAGCCACUUGUUUAUUUACUCUUCUUAUUGCGAAUGUACGUGUACUUCUUUGAUACAAAGAAUCUCAAAAACAACUGCGACGUUUAUGAUUCUGAGAAUCUUAUCUGGCGUUUUAAGUCUUUUUGGACUUUUUAGGCAGCGGAAGGGUCGGGUUGGUUAUCAGCAGGUAGGUAGAUGGCAUUUAAACACUCAUUUUCGGCGAAAUCAGGACCAAAAAGACAAGUAUUAUACACAUACACUUGAACACUACACUACACAGCAGAUUGUCAAGUUGUUGAUGUGA